AAUCCUAACACAAAUAAAUCAUAAUUAAACAAAUGCCAUUUCAAGUCCGACACUGAGCUGUCGGUGCAGAAAAUACCAAACUCCGAAAAGCUCUCUCCGCCCACUAACUAGUAACUGCACAAGCCCGCAGAUCUUCAAACGACGCCGGUCCACGGCGAAUCUCCGGUCAGAUUCCACCGGAAUGUCUGAUUCUGCAAUCAGAUUUUGCUCAAUGUGAAAAGUGCAGCUUUUUGGGAGUUGUUUAGGUUUGCUGUUACUGUGGGUCUGGUUUGGAUGUGUGCAGUGUUUUGGGUGAUCUAGAGUUAGGUGUUGAGAUGAAUGGGAUUCAGGGCAAUAAGGCUCAAAAUAUAGAAAAACCCUUUCCAGGAUGCUUGGGCAGAAUGGUGAACUUUUUGGAUUUAGGCAAUGAUGCAACUGGAAACUGGCUGCUUACAGAUAAACCACAUGGUUCUUCACUCUCAAGGAGUCACUCAGAUGUGGCAAGGAUGCUGAGAUCACCCUUUGCGAAUCAGAUUGAAGAUAAAAUGAUUGUGUCCGAGUUAAGGAGAAGCUCCUCAAACAAGAAAGCAAGUGGAACACCCAUGAAGACACUCAUAGCCCAAGAAAUGUCCAAAGAAGUGGAUUCUAGACAUAAUCCACCAAAUGUUGUUGCCAAGUUGAUGGGACUUGAUACCUUCCCACAUCAACAGUCUCAUUCAGCUGCAGAAAGAAGCCACUUGAAAGGUUAUUCAAGACAUUCUUUAAGACACUCAGGGAUACUAGUAGAGUGUUGGAAGCAAGAUCAUGGUUUUUUGGACAAGCAAAUGCAGUGUGAAGAGCAAAAUGAGUACAGAGAUGCAUAUGGGAUCUGGCAGCAAUCCCAAAAGAUAAAUGUAAGAGAUAUUUCUCCACACAAGGGAAGGCAAAAUGAAAGUAUAAAUGAGAAAAGGAUGACCCUCAUUCGCCAGAAGUUCAUGGAAGCAAAACGUUUGGCGACAGAUGAGAAAGGUCGCCAGUCCAAGGAGUUCCAAGAUGCAUUAGAAAUUUUAAGCUCCAAUAGAGAUUUAUUCAUCAAGUUUCUGCAAGAACCUAAUUCCAUGUUCUCUCGACAUCUUCAUGAUAUGCAGUCUAUUCCUCCACCUCCCGAGACAAAACGCAUCACUGUACUUAGACCUUCUAAGGCAAUUGGUAAUGAAAAGUUUGCAGGACCAGAAAAGAAGUGUGAUAUGCAGGCAGAUAAUCCAACCCAGACUGGGCAAGCUACUGUGUGGGACAAAAAUAAUUCUGGAUGUUCUCCUACUUUUGCCAAUCAGAGGUUUGAAGAAUAUGCUGCUCAGCCAACGCGAAUUGUAGUAUUGAAGCCUAGCCCUGGGAAGACUCAUGACAUUAAGGCUGUGGUUUCACCACCUACCUCAUCACCAACAAUAUUACAGGGUGAAGAGUUUUGUGAUGAACCUGAAGAUGAUGAGGCACAAGAAUCACGAGAGGUUGCCAAGGAGAUCACAUUGCAUAUGCAUGAAAAUCUGAUGGGUCAUCGAAGGGAUGAAACUCUCCUUUCUUCUGUUUUUCCCAAUGGCUAUAUUGUUGAUGAUAGUUCAUUUAACAAAUCAGAAAAUGAGUAUGCAGUGGGAAAUCUCAGUGAUUCAGAAAUAGUGUCACCUACUUCUAGGCACUCAUGGGAUUAUAUCAACAGGUUUGGUAGCCCCUAUUCUUCUUCCUCCUUCAGCCGUGCAUCAUGUUCUCCAGAGUCUUCUGUUUGCAGAGAAGCAAAAAAGAGACUUUCUGAAAGAUGGGCCAUGAUGACAUCAAAUGGGAGUUUUCAGGAACCAAAAAAUACUCGGAGAAGCUCUAGCACAUUGGGUGAGAUGCUUGCUCUUUCAGAUACAAAGAAAUCAGUGAGAUCAGAGGAAGAGGCUGCUCAAAAGAAACAAAAACCAAGGGGAUCGAUUUCUUGCUUAACUAGUAAUUUGAACAAGGAAGAAGGCAUGGCUGAUUCUCCUAAAAGUCUCCUGAGGUCCAGAUCUUUGCCUGUGUGUUCUACAGUAUAUGGUGCUGGUCCCAAUUUUGAGGUUCCAGAUUCACAGGCUGUCGGAACAGAAGAUUCCAAGGAGCUGAGGACGGCAAAGAGCGCGAAAUCAUCUUUGAAGGGGAAAGUUUCUAGUUUAUUUUUCUCAAGAAAUAAGAAAUCAAAUAAAGAAAUUACUGGUGUAUCUCAAUCUAAAGACGAACAUCAAUCUCCUACUCCUGAAACACCAGGGUUGCCAAUACCUCUUCCUGGAAAGAUUGGUGAUGAUGCAUCUCAGUGUACUAAUAAUGUUAGCCUUGAAGAUUGUUUAUCUCCUGGUUUACAUGGACCAUCAGGUAGAAUUACUUUUCCAGAUUUGAUUGACACGGCAACAAAACAAGGGUUUGUUUUCCAGGAGGCACCCCUAUCAGUGACAAAGCCUGCAGUGCCUGGGAAUAUGAGUGAGAACCAGGAUCAACCAAGUCCAAUCUCAGUUUUAGAACCCCCAUUUGAAGAGGACGACAACACAGUUCCAGAGCCUUCUGGCAACAUCAGGCCAAACUGCAGGGGAGCAGAGGUGUCUCUUAAGUCUAAUUUGAUCGACAAGUCACCACCUAUAGAAUCAAUUGCAAGGACUCUAUCAUGGGAUGAUUCUUGUGUAGAGACAGCUACACCUUAUUCAUUAAAGCCCUCUUCGAUCUCUUCCUGUGCUGAGGAAGAACAAGACUGGCCUACCUUCAUCCAAACUCUGUUAUCAGCAGCUGGCCUUGAUGGCAACAUGCAAUUAGAUUCCUUUUUUGCCAAAUGGCAUUCACAUGAAAGCCCAUUAGAUCCAGAAUUGAGAAACAAAUAUGCUAACCUAAAUGACAAAGAACUUCUGCAUGAGGCAAAGCGAAGGCAAAGGAGAUCAAAUGGGAAACUUGUAUUUGACUGUGUCAAUGCAGCACUCCUGGAAAUCACUGGCUGUGAGUCGGACAGGAGCACAGGGGUUAUGCAAUGUACUGGGGCUCACAACAGGUUUGUACAGGGGACAUCACCCAUGCUGGUGGAGCACUUGUGGGCCCAAAUGAAGGAAUGGUUCUGUGGUGAAGUUAGGUGUACUUUUGAGGACAGUGGAGACAGCUGCAGCGUGGUGGUGGAGCGGGUGGUGAGAAACGAGGUGGUGGGGAAAGGGUGGUCUGAUAAUAUGAGAGUGGAAUUAGAUAAUUUGGGGAAGGAAAUAGAAGAUAAAUUGUUGGCAGAGAUUGUGGAGGAUAUCGUGGCUGAUUUGACUAGUUGAGUUUGAUCAGGCUAACUCUUCUUUUUUUUUUUUUUGCCCUCUAUUUAUUUUGUCAAUUUGUGCAUUUGAUUCUCAACAAGUAUGGCCCCUACCCUAUCCACCUCAAAUGCUGCAAGUGAUCAAAUUAAUGUCUAUUUGUCAAUUUGUUUAGUUUUGGAAUUUAGACAUCAACUUAAAAGCACAAUAGGACAGUUGAUUCAUUGUUGCAUUAAA